AUGCCAGGAGCUCAGACCAACAACGUUAAAGGAACAAUGAUUCCUUCCGAGAUCUUGAUCAUGAUAUUAGAACAUUCGGUCUCCUCAUUACUCCCUUUCGACUCAACUAAUCGGAAGGCACUUGCUUCGCUCUGUCGAGUUAGCUGGGAGGGUUACGAAGUUGCGACAACCCACCUUUAUCAUACCGUUAUACUGUCGGAGAACUGUCCUCAUACUGGUCAACUGGCCCAAUUCUUACGUUCCGUGACUAGUAAUCCUUAUCUAGCCCAUAAGGUUGUAAAUCUUUGGGUUGGGGAUGUAGAGUUGAAUACCUCACGUCCUGGGCAAGUAGCAAAGAAACAAUGCACCGACCAAUUGCAGCUCCUGGCCAUUCCUAGUCUGCCUCGCCUCCAGCGCUUUGCUGUUAACGGCGAAAAUCCGUCCGUAUGCUGGCAACAUAUUACCCCAACACACCUAACGAUAUCAGACUUGAAAUGCCUUGAUAGGCCAAUCCCAACGCUCCGUACACUGCACUUAAUCAACUCACUCCUCUCUAUUGAUGCUAUAGAGGCCGCGCUCAAAGGGUGCCCUAGCUUGCACAGCGUAAUCUUCGAAAUUACAGAGCCUUUUUCGGAUCGCUUAGACCUCAUGACGCUUAUGCAACUUGGGAUCGUUGUACUCAAGAACGUGCCACACUUACGCAAGUUGACGUUUCGGAUCGAAAACUUUUGGAUGCUCCAUCACACGACGCGUAUGUUGCCAGAAAGGCUCGAGGAAGAAGGAUUACGGGAGUCGUUAAAAGGGAAAAUCAUUGCAACCGUAUGGAGUUGGGAAUUAGGAAUGGACUUUUGUAAUAUUUGGAUGGCUAAUAGCCACAAACAACGAGUAGGGAAGGAGCACAAGAUUUGCUAUUGA